AUGGAAAGUUCAUGGAGACCGUUUGGCGGAUCUCUGUCGAGAGAACGGGGAUUAAAGAAACCCAGGCUCACUGAGGAAUCUGCUGCAUCUGAUCUUGGCGCCAAUGGCCGGAGAAACAGCAUUUCCGGGGGUGCCGGGUUUCUUCAACGACCGAUUGGUGGCGGCUUAGGAUUCCAGGAUGACCGGGACUCUGAGAGCAGUGAUUACAUGCACGCGCGCUACCAAAACCAGCAACAACAGCAGCAUCAGGAACUUGUGACCCGAUACAAGACUGGUUUAGCUGAGCUGACUUUUAAUUCGAAACCAAUAAUUACAAAUUUGACCGUCAUUGCUGGGGAGAAUGUGCAUGCUGCCAAGACAAUUGCAGCCAUUGUUUGCGCAAAUAUUCUCAAGGUUCCGAGUGAGCAAAAGCUGCCAUCUCUAUAUCUAUUAGAUAGUAUCGUGAAGAAUAUAGGGAAGGAUUAUAUUAAACACUUUGCUUGCAGAUUGCCUGAGGUCUUCUGCAAGGCAUAUAGACAGGUUGAAUCUUCAGUACAUCCUGGUAUGCGGCAUCUUUUUGGAACCUGGAAGGGGGUCUUCCCCCCUCAGCCACUCCAGAUGAUUGGGAAAGAACUCGGAAUAGCCACCACUGUUAGUGGACCAUCUUCAGGAACGUCCAGGCUUACUUUACAGGCACAACGCCCUGGACCGAGCAUUCAUGUAAAUCCCAAGUACUUAGAAGAAAGACAUCGUCUCCAGCAGUCCUCGGUGGCAAGGGGGGUGGACACUGAUGUCGAUGAAACCAUGGUAAACUUAUCCGAGGAUGUUGAAAGACUGGAAAAUCCAACCAGUGUUUGUUCAGGAAGACCAUCGGCUGAUCUGUACGCUAAGAAUGUUCAUCAUCCUGACAAAAAUUCAAGUGUAACAUCUGGAGAAUCUGAAUAUAGUUCUGAUAUAUCACGAGUUUCUGGAAUAGGAUUGGGAAUAGCUACUGAAAAACAUAAAGAACAAGGAUUUGAAAAGCGCUGGUAUGAAAUUAGUAGCGAUGUAACAGAAAAAAUAUCCAAUCAAAAGAAUAGUCUUGACACGAGGCAUGGUUUUCAUAGUUAUCCUGCCCAUAAAUCUGCAAACUCUGGCUCACAGAUGCAGCUAAAGCAUUACUUUGCCAAUAGAAGCAGCACUGGGGUGAAUACAAGUGGGAAGAAAUCUGAGGAACAGGAGUAUGUGUGGGAUGAUACGAACUCAAGAGCCACCGACUUUGGUUCGGAUGAUAUCUCAGCAAAAGAUCACUGGAUGCCUGAUGAUUCUGAAAGAUUGGAUUCAAAGAGCCAUCUCCAAAGACCACGAAGUAUGCAUGAUACUGGGGCAAGGCUUGAUGAUGAAGCUUCAUCUGAUUCUCUAUCUACAGAACAGAGUCUGGCUGUUCCUGGGACUCGAAUGCCGUCAUUGUGGUCACAUGAGCCACAUGCACCCGAAAAGACGACGCCUUCACGUCCGAGUAGAAAUAUGUCUGGUCAUUCUGAGGGAUAUCCAACCCCCUUGAGUGGGUUCUCAACUUCUGCAAACUCAAUGGGCAAGGCAUCUUUUCAGUCACAGAUGCGGCCAGUUCAUCUUGGAGCUCUAAGCUUUAAGUUUUCAAGCAAUCCUAUGUCGGAUGUCCCGAUAUCUAUAUCACAGCGGCAGAUCUUGGGAGCUGUGUCACCCUUGGCACAAUCACCCAUGCACCAGCAUCCCUCAUCACCUUCCAUCUCGGCAAACAAUCCCAAUCAACUACUUCACAAUCUUGCAGAGCAUGAUCUACAACCUACUGUUAAUCACGCAAAUUCUGGAAGAUCAGAUUUUUUGGGAAAAUUAUAUUUAGGGCCCCACAAUCAGGUUUCUGAGGAUUCUCUGCACAGGUCAUCUCGAGAUGUUAACUCACAGAGAUUGCAUCCCCCAAGUUUAAAGACUUCGUCUCCUGUGAUUCCUCCACUUCGACAAAGGCACCACGUUUCAUCCCCACACCAUUUAAAGCCAGAAUUCACAGAGUAUGAAUCUUCUAGUGAAAGUCGGAAGUCAUCACUGCCUCAAAUUUCAGGUUUGGAGAAUCACUCAAUUAUGGGAAAUUUCUUAUCUGACCCAUCAAAUCCUCUUACAGUGGACUUCCCUGGACAAUCAAGUACCAGCAGUUUGUUGGCUUCUGUACUGAAAAGUAGAAUACUUGAUAGUAGUUCUAUCAUGGAAAGCUUAUCUAACCCCAGUUCUCAGGAUGUUGAUUUCAUGCCUGCACAGUUAGGUGUUCAACCUCCUUUACCAAGUGGUCCUCCUACCCACUUAAUGUCCUCUCCACCAUUGCAUGGAAGCACAUCGGUUCUAACCUUCCCUUGUGAAAAGGUAGAAUUGCCUCCCUUGUCCCCUGGACAGCCUCCGUUGCCUUUAGCAGGUAGUAGCUCAGGACAAAUAUCCCGUGCAAUGAGUGAGGCCUCUAAUCCAGUAUCUCGUCUUUUGAGCUCAUUGGUUGCAAAGGACUUGAUUUCUGCAUUGAAGACAGAGUUGUCAACUUCUAUGCCACUCGAGGUAGCUGCUCACCCACAGGAUCGAGGUGUUGGAAUUGCUAGUAUUAGUUAUGUUUCUUCUCCAGUUGUCACACUGGAACAGCUUUCAUCUACAGCAGAUGAGCUGUCAUCGACGAAAUCAGCUGCUAAGUCCUCUGAUAGCUUAUCUCGGUCCACUGCAUCAAAGAUAAAAAAUCUCAUUGGUUUUGAGUUCAGGCCAGAUGUAGUUCGAAAGUUACAUCCAGCUGUCAUUAGCGAACUUCUUGCUGAUCUGCCACAUCGCUGCAGCAUAUGUGGCCUCAGACUUAAUCUUCAAGAACAAUUUGAUAGACACUUGGAAUGGCAUGCAUCAAGGAUUCCAGUGCAGAACCCUUCGAAGAAGACUUCAAGGAGAUGGUACACCAAUUCAUUUGAUUGGGUUGCUGGAACUGGUGGCUUCCAACCAAGCGAUAGCACCUCAGGCCUGUUGGGAGGUUCAAGUAUAACACUGGAUAGUAGUGAGCAGAUGGUCCCUGCAGAUGAAAGUCAAUGUGCAUGUAUUCUGUGUGGUGAUUUUUUUGAAGACUUUUACUGUCAAGAAAUGGAUGAAUGGAUGUUCAGAGGAGCUGUUUAUGUGACUAUCCCAUCUUCAGAGGCGAGGGGUACUAGUACUACAAGUGACAGUGCUGAUCCAAGUUCUAUAGUACAUGCUAGAUGUGUAACUGACGAUUUUGUUUGUGAUUUCAGAAUGGGCAGAGAUGUAAAAGUGGAAAAGGUCGUGUAA